GGUGACUCCUCCAUGGGUCGUGUCAUGUCGUAAUACGUUGAAGUAGAUUUCUCAAGAUAGUAGUAGUGAUGAAGCGACCGACAGGCAACACACAGAGAGAGAGAACAAACACGACUCCAAGAAAAACAAUGAACGCCUCGUAUGAUCCCCGAACAAAACCCCGAUGUGAAACAAAAGUGCCCGCAUCGACAGAAACUGAGCAUCCAAGAAAGCAGCGGCAUCAAAGAACACCGGAAAAGCAGAAUGACAAAAUCCUAACCAGAAGACCGAAAAGCCCAACACAGACGCCGCUAUGUCCUUUUUCAUGAAAAGAGUUGUUCAAAUGCCUGAUGAUAUGGUAGAAAUGAAAGAAUUACCCCUUCGUCUUGCCUCCCCAGGAUUCCACGCAGUGAUACUGUCACCGCUCGAUGCUCCGUCCGUACUU